ACAGUGAUUUUUUCGAGUUUGGAAAAAGUAUUUCGCAAUAUUAUUUAAUUGGUUUUGAGUUAAUGACCACGUUGGAAAGUUAAAAUUAAUUUGUAAUCAUGAGUCCUAAAACGGAUAUAGUAGUUAAACCAAAAAUAGUGCGGGUUUAUGAAUUAGAUGAAUUCGAAAAAUUGCUGAAAGGAAUGAAGGUUGCAGCAUGUAUGAUCACAGAGCCCUACCAAAUUGUUGAUGAGGAAAGUGUAAUGCGUAGAUUGAGUGCGCUUACACUCAAUGGUCCGUCAGACGGUAACGCCUGUUCUUGCUGUGGCGUUGGCCCAUUCGAGACGAGAGCUCAGCAGAUAGCUCAUUAUAAGCACCACUGGCACACACAUAAUUUGAAGAGGAAACUAUUUGGCAAGGCGCCUCUAACCCUUGGCCAAUUUAAUUCUAAAAAAGAAGAAGACGAAGACCUCAACGUAUCGGGUAGUGACUCGGAAGCAGAUGAGAGUGCGACCAAACCGGCCAGUGACCUGUUUGCAGCUGCCACCAGACAUUGUAAAGCUUUCUUCACCAACAAGAUUGGAGAAGUUUUCUGCGUGUACAGAUGCAUACUGCAUCAUAAAAAGGAAGAGCCAUGCGUAGACGGUCACGGCUGCCAAUGGAUAGCGCGCGUCCAAAAGCUGGUUCUCCCAGUAUUCCAGCGGUGGGCCGUCCUAAUGGUCUCGGGGGGGCAUUUCGCGGGGGCCAUCUUCUCUGGCAGCAUUCCCGUGGUGCACAAGACCCACCACUCGUAUGUGACCCGCAGGGGCCAAGGCCAGGCUCAGGUGUCGAGGGACCAACACGGGAACGCGCCUAAGUCAGCUGGAGCUAAUUUGAGGAGAAAAUUGCAAGCACAGUUUUUACAGACCGUUCAAGACAUCAUAGCUGGCUGGGCAGAAGACCUCAUAGGAUGCGAGCUCAUCCUAUACCGGGCGGUGGGGUCACUGAACCAGGCAGCUCUGUUCGGCAAGAACUCGCCGCUGAAGAAAGACGAUAUGAGAGUGAGGAUUCUGCCGUUCCCGACUAAGAAGCCAUCGUAUAAGGAAGUUAAAAGGGUGCACGAAACUGUGGCGAGCGUUGAAGUCUAUGAAUCUAUGGAGCUAUUUCAGAAAGCCCUGAUAGCAUCCACGGCAAGGCCAGUGAGCAAAUCCGGUUCCGACACGAGUGUGCAGAGCAAAAAACCUGCCAAAGCCAGCCCCAACAAGCCUGUGGAUAGAGCCAAAUCGAGAGAACGCACGCCACGCGAGCUGCCGACCCAAAUGCUCUCAAGCGAAGACGAAGGCCCAUGUUACAUCGACUCCGAAACCCCAGCCGGCUGGAUCAAGACCCUCUCAGAACAGAGUUCCAACGGGGUCAUAACUAACUCCAGAAAAGACUUAUUAAACGACAACCCAGUACCUUGCCCGGAUUCAGAUAGCGAAGAAGAUGUUAUAGAUAAGAAAGAAGCGAAGAAAAAGAGAAAGAAAGAGAGGAAGCAAGAGGAGAAACAGCAACCGGUUAAGGUGCAGCAGAAGAUCCCGACUAAUGUCAAAAAGGUAAGGAAUCGA